AUGAUCGAAGGCGCGCACCCUGUGACACAGGCACUGCUUGGCACGCUUCUCACGUGGGGCUUGACGGCGUUCGGCGCAGCGGUGGUCUUUGCCGUCCCGGCCUCGGCUCCACAGGCCACUCUCCGCAAGGUCCUCGACGUCGGCCUGGGCUUUGCUGCCGGCGUCAUGAUCGCCGCCUCCUUCUGGUCGCUCCUGGCCCCGGCCAUCGAACUGGCGGAAGAGUCUGGUGCAUAUGGUCAAGACGGCGCGUUUGCCUUUGUUCCCGUCGCCAUCGGCUUCACACUCGGCGCUGCCUUUGUCGCUGCGGUCGAUGCUGUCCUCCCAGACGGCCUGCUGGCUCCGACCGGCCACGAUGACCACAAUGCUAGUGCUGAUGCCGAUGCUGAUGCUGGCCUCGGUGCCGGCGAGGGCGUCUCGUCAGCAGUCUCGCGAAGCUCGUCGGCUUCAUCGGUUCGGAGUCGGGCAGGCAAGAAGCAAAGCGAUGGCCAUGGCCAAGUGGCGAGAGUGACAGCAGCGGCUGAUGCACGUUCUGCGGCUAGUGCGUCCUGGCGGAGGACUCUGCUGCUGCUCAUCGCCAUCACGGCCCACAACGCGCCCGAGGGCAUGGCGGUUGGUGUGGGAUUUGCGGCGGUGGGGAGAUCGCCCAAAGCGACGCUGGCGUCGGCGCAGUCGCUCGCGCUCGGCAUCGGCAUCCAGAACUGGCCUGAGGGGCUGGCGGUCUCGCUCCCGCUCCUCCGGGCCGGCAUGUCGCCGUGGCGGGCUUUCUUCUGGGGCCAGGCGUCGGGCAUGGUCGAGCCAGUCUUUGGCCUCCUCGGCGCUUUUGCCUACAUCCUCUCACAGGCGAUUCUGCCGUACGCGCUCGCCUUUGCUGCCGGGGCCAUGAUCUUUGUUGUUCCGGCAACGCCCGGCUCGCGUCGUGGGGCGCCAUCGCCGGCUUUGUCGUCAUGAUGUCGCUCGAUGUGGGGCUUGGAUGAGGAAGGC